CGUCCGGAAGAAAUUCCAUUUUACGACGGCAUAAAAACCCAUUAGUUUCAUUUUCUCUACUCAUUUACCACUUGACCAUUCAAAUGCACUUAAUUGUUUAGGAGAGUUUCCUUCGCAUCAAAGUUGGUUGGAACCGCGCGUUUUCCGUUGCUUCUACUUAAAGUACACUUUAAUUUUUUCCAUUUUGCGUCAAAACCAGAGACAUUUCGAAGUAGAUGUUUGCGACAAAAACGAGCAUUUUCAUACUCUAUCCAGCAAUGACAACUGGAGCUUCGCAGCUCAAGCGGCUCCGUAAAAAAUGAGCCAACCGCUAAGGCGGUUUUUCCUUUUCCGGCGGCAAACAUUAAAACUACAGUCGUACAUUCCGGUAAACUAAUACAGCAAGUCAACGCACCCAUACACAUGUGCCAUUAAGAAAAAACAGACAAUUUCAGAACGACGCGUCAGGAAUAACAACACAUCGUAUGUGAGGCGACGCUGGUGGAUCCACAAGAUUAAUGAGCGAAUUGUACAUCGGCAAUAUCUUAUCUGGUGGAUCUUUAAAGGUAGCCUGAUAGUCCCUGAGGUGAAAAUCGGGUGCUCCAGAUGGUUUGGACCUCGUUCUUCUAAUCCAUUUCCCUCUCUCAAUGUAAUUGCUUGUGAUCAAAUGAUAUUUUCCUUGGGCGAGAGAACAUAGUUGGAAGAUACUCAGAUUUCUAUGUACUCGAGCCAAGACAGAUCGACCGGGGAUUUUUCCCGGAUUCCUCCUCCGCUAGUCUCCUUCAGCGGCUCACAAUGCUGCCAUUUAAAUUGCCGCAUAAUAUUACGUUGAAGGAAUCCCACUCAGACUUGAAUCAAGUGCAGAGCGUGAUACAGCCAAAUCAGCAAUCGGUAAUACAGACAGCCGCCAACAUCCAGCCAUUGAUAGGAAAAGGCAACGUUAUUCUAGUCGGCAAACCCAACUCCGUCAUCCAGACGACGCAAGGGAGUUUGCAAGCUUUAAGGGUGGUUGAAGCUACAGGCAGCGAUGACAGUUUUUCGGACGAUGAGUCUCUAAAGAAGAGGCACGACCUGCUAACAAGACGGCCCUCAUACCGGAAAAUACUCAACGAUCUUGGAGGGGGUGAGAUAGCUGAGCCCAAGAUCGAGCAGAAUUCCUCAGAGGCCGAGAGUGAAUUGUCGUCACAUUCUAUCCCAUACCACACAGUUCUGCCCGCUACAGCUAUACAAAUUUCGAGCGGGGACGGCGGCCAGGGAAUUCAUGCGCUGACUAUGACUAAUGCGACCGCAGGAGGAGCAAUUGUUCAGUAUUCCCCCGGCCAGGAAUUCUUUGUGCCUGUUGUGGCGCAGACGGGCAGCAUAAACCAAGGGGGCGGUGAGGACCAGGCGAGAAAACGCGAAAUGAGACUACUUAAAAACCGGGAAGCGGCUCGAGAAUGUCGAAGGAAAAAGAAGGAAUAUAUAAAGUGUUUGGAGAACCGAGUGGCGGUGCUGGAGAAUCAAAACAAGGCGCUAAUCGACGAAUUGAAAGCGCUCAAAGAACUGUAUUGCCAGCAGAAGACGGAAUGAGUAUGCGUGGUGGACAUUCGGGUCUUCUGUGGUAAAUAGCUUAAACUUGAUUGUUUUUUGUAUUGCAUCGUGACUCUGAUAUUUGUACAUAUUAGUUAAAUGUACAAUUGUACAUUGAGUUACCGAUUGAUUUAGCAACGGUUCUACAUUAGAACUGGCUGACGGAGUCCCUAAAUCAAUGUUCUUGUUCCAACUUGUUUUUCCUUCUCAACACUUCAACUGCUUUCUUUAAGUGACCUCAGUUCGCAAACAAUGCAUUAAGUUGUUUGGGCGAGGCAAUUGAAAAAUCCCGUUGCUAUCUACAUAUUUAAAGGGUUGUAAAUAUUGUCAUACAUGAAGGCUUGUGACAGAUUUUAUAUAUUUAUAGCCAAUGUAUAUAAUAUGGUUGGUUGAUUUGAUUAGUUUAUAUAGUAACUUGUUUUUUGUUGAGUUUAAAUGGGGGUGCAGCUCAAGUGGCACACAUUAUUGUUUCCAUCCCUUAGGUCGAAUGCCCCUUAUUUGAAAUGUCGUGUCUUUAAGAUGUUUUAUUUGAUUAGUUAGGACCUACGAGAGUGCCUUGUAAAGAUACGCCUUGAAUUCGAUUGUCUAAUUUCGUACAAAUUCUCAGUUGAUGCGAUAUUAGACGGUAAAUUCGAGCUUAAACUGGAUAUGUAUAUAUUGUAAAAAUGUUAUUUUAUGUACUUUUACAUAUCAAAGAUUGGAAGAUUAUAAACUACGCUAACUACUUUUGCACCGCCAAAGCCUUUCUUCUUUAGCCACUAUUGGGACCCCUAAGGGUCGCAACUUAAUAAAUUAUGCGUUCAACGUUCUAUAAAUCGCAUCUCUAGAAUUGUACAUUUUUUUAGAAUCUUUUAUAAUAUAGGCAGAGGAAAUUAUGGUACAAAUCAGGAUAGCAAAACAGUUGGUUUAAAAACAAGUUUUACCGUUCAGCAAAGAUGGGCUGAGAGACCGAUUUGCGUUUAUUGGGGCAGAUUGUUUCGAAGUAUAUCAAAAUCAUUUUAUAUUGUACAAAAGCGAAACAAUACAUUUUUACACUUCCGAUAAAAGAAGCUAUUUUGGUAGUGAUUUGUAGUUAGGUGAUUGUGUAAAUACGGUUUAUAAUUUAAUUGAUGUUAAAAGUAUUAGUUAAAUUAUGAAGAAAUAAAUGGAAUAUUUUAAUAUGUU